GCGAGGCGAGCGGCCGUAGCGCAGCGCAGCCCCGGGAUGUGACUGAGGUAACUGAGGUGACUGAGGUGACGGCACGAGUGACGUCAGUUGCACCAUGUCUAGCAGUGAUGGCGCCCACUCGCUGAGGAGGCAUCCACUCCGCUCUCCAAAGAAAACCAAGAAAACCGAUGACAAGGGCGGUAAAUCGCCAAAUUUGAGUGUACACAACAAGAACUUCUACAUCGCGUCCUACCCUGUGGUCUUAGUGUUCAACAUCCUCCGCACGGUGCUGUACCACUUGUUCUUACUGCUGAAAACGUUGUUCCGAGCGAGCUCGUACCUUGCCCAGGCGCGGACAGACACCGCCGCGCCGACCUCGGUGGUGAUAACGGAAAUUGACAGUAGUGGAGGAGUGGGCAGCGGGGGCAGUGGCGGCGGGCAAGGGCAAGUAGAGGAGCAGUCGCAGCAGGACGAGGUGUGCGUGCCACUCAUAGGGGAGAUGCCGCCCAAGCCAGGCAACCCGGGGCCAGGAGACCCUCUCCUCGCCAAGCAGAAGCAUCAUCAUCGCAAGGCCUUCGAGUACAUCUCGAAGGCGCUGAAAAUCGACGAGGAAAAUGAAGGAUCGAAAGAGCUUGCGAUGGAGCUGUACCGCCGAGGGAUAGGCGAGCUGGAGUCUGGCAUCGCCGUGGACUGCCUGGGGCGCGGGGAGGCGUACGAGCGGGCCCAGAGGCUGCAGGAGAAGAUGAGGACGAAUCUCAUCAUGGCCAAGGAGCGACUCGACAUGCUAGAGUCGCUGGUUCACCUGCAGCAGCUGGAGCUGGAUGUGCCCCUCCUCACUACCCUCACCCCCCCAGUAUCCUCUGCUCCCCAAGUCACCCAUGGACCCUCUCGCAAUAUAGUAGGGGCCAGAGCUGUCUCCCCUUGUCGUAGGGGUUUUACAAAUCAGUCAACAGCUCACACAAACAAGCCUCGUGCCCGUGUAGCACCACAGGUCAUGAGUCUUACAGAUUCGGGGAGAAACUCUUCAGAGCGGCGCAAUGGGCCCAGUCUCUCAAAUAAAGCCACGGAAGAUGCCAAGACCUUCAAGAAGAUUCCAACCGCAAAACGUAUUUCCACGCUAAGCAACAAGAGCCAGACCCUCCCACGUAACAUGGGGUCUCGAGCCAUCACUAAGGGCAGAGAUAGCAAGCACCCGGGCACUCCUCCUAGUGUUAGGAGGCAGCUGUCAAACCAGAACGGUAGCAGCUCCGCCAACAGCUCGCCAAUGAAACGUCGAGGGUCUGCCGGCUGUGGCUUGAGUGGAAAUGGGGGGGGCAAUGGAACACCGAAGCACACACCAUCUCAUAGACGGUCUGCCUCUGCUUCUAUGAAGGGAGUGGACGGCAAAAUGGCUCAAGGCAUUAUGGAUGAGAUUUUAGAUUCUGCUCCAACUGUCUCCUGGGAUGACAUUGCUGGUCAGGAGGUUGCCAAGAAGGCCCUCCAGGAAAUUGUGAUCCUGCCAAACCUCCGGCCAGAGCUCUUCACGGGUCUUCGUGCUCCAGCCAGAGGGCUUCUCCUCUUUGGUCCUCCUGGAAAUGGGAAGACCAUGCUGGCCCGAGCAGUUGCAAGUGAAAGCUCAGCAACCUUCUUCAAUAUCAGUGCAUCAACAUUAACCAGUAAAUAUGUGGGAGAAGGAGAAAAAUUAGUGAAAGCUCUCUUUUCUGUUGCACGGGAACUUCAGCCCUCCAUAAUCUUCAUUGAUGAGAUUGACUCACUUCUUUGUGAAAGAAGAGAGGGUGAGCAUGAAGCUUCAAGAAGACUCAAGACAGAGUUUCUAGUAGAGUUUGAUGGCCUUAAAUCAGAUGCUGAAGAGAGAAUUCUAGUCAUGGGGGCAACUAAUAGACCUCAUGAGCUAGAUGAUGCUGCCCUCAGGCGGUUCAGCAAGCGUGUUUAUGUGUCUUUGCCAGACAAAUGUACACGUACGUUGCUAAUCCAAAAGUUGAUGGAGAAACAAAAAUCUCAGCUGAAUACUCGUGACAUGGAAAGUUUAGCCUCCCUGACAGAUGGUUAUUCGGGGUCUGACCUAACCUCUUUAGCAAAAGAUGCUGCUCUUGCACCAAUCAGGGAACUAAAGCCAGAACAAGUUGUAUCAUGUGAUCCAGCUGAGGUCCGCGGAAUUAACCUGUCCGACUUCAAGGAAUCACUGAAAAAGAUUCGGAGAUCAGUCCCACAGUCCACACUUAUCAACUAUGAGAAGUGGAAUGCAGAUUAUGGAGACAUAUCUACAUGAACACUUACAUCAUGUGUACUAUACUUCUUUGGUCCAAUCACAUUUUUUAUAUUUUAACCAACAUAAGUGAAUAUGAUUUUCACAUCACAUGAAGAUCAUCUCAACUUGUAGAUAUUUAAGAUUAACAGUCCACAGAUGCUGUUGCAUUAAUGUAACAUAAAUGUGAUACAGUGUCCACACAAUUUAUAUUCUCAACUUGACGUAGUCAUGUAUUCCAUGUUUUGGAGAUGUGUAUAUUGAACGUUUCAUUUAUUUAAUUAUGGCUGCCUCAGAACAUGAGGUUAAAUGUUUUUGAAAAGGUUGCAGCGGGAAUUUUAUGAAGACAGGCUACUGUGAUGUUUUUAAAACAUUUUAUGUAAUCAAUAGUCUCUUUUUGUUUGGUCAUUGUGAGUAACCAGUUUGAUAUAAAGAAAUACUUUUUGGUAGCCAGUUGAUAUUGAAAAAUAUCUGAUGGCAACAUCCAGACAGUAGAUGAGUAGGUCUAUUGAUUCUUGGAUUGGGUGCUUUAAGUUCUUUAGGGUUAAGAUUUUACUGAACACUUUUUAAACUGGUUUGAAUAAGAAAGAUUGGUAUAGGACAAUAAAGUCAGUAGGUCAGAGUUCCCUUGUAGUAAACACGUCUAGAUAAAAUGUUUGAUACCAGUGUUUUCUUUGGAAUAUUUUAUAUAGAAACUUUCUUUAAGUAAAUAAACCUAGACUCUUGGACUUAGUGACUGAGAUUGUGCCCCAGAUUAUGUUUCAAUACACUAAACGUUUUUAGAAGACUUGCACAACCAUUACUGAUAACCAGGUUGAGAAAUUCAGGUUCAUAAUUUAGGCAUUAUAAAGUCAGAGAAUGGCACAUGUACAGUGCAGUCUACUAAGUAUGUGAUGAGUUAGCUUUUGUGAAGUUAAAAGGAGACUGGAUGCUGAGAGAAAGUAUAUAUCAAAAUGGUUCUCAAGACCAUCAAGGAGAAGUCCAUCGGCAAUUUUCUCUUGAAAAGUUGCAAUCUCUGUUUUAUAUUAUAAAUGAGAUAUUCUCUCUUUCUCUCUCUCCCUCUCUCCCUCUCUCCCUCCCUCUUUCCUCUCCUUCUCUCCUUCUCUCCUUCUCUCCUUCUCUCCUUCUCUCCCUCUCUCCCUCUCUCCCUCUCUCU